GCGCAAGGAUCAGGACGAGGGUCUCGAGGUCUGAGCACCUGUGGGCCUUCCUCUCCCCAUCCAUGAGCGAUCUACUAGUCGCAUGCAUGGUGACUACACCAUACGUGCCGAAGCGGGACAAGCUGGACCAGACGACUCGCUGGACAGGUUGGUCCCUGUUGGCGAGACUCUCCCCGUGCCGAACUGAUGCUGCUUCGUGCCUUGACGAUGUCGUCGGUCGCUGGCAGGCUGCGAUAGCGUGCCUCUUUCUGUUAUCGUGCAGCCAAGGCAUUGAACUCUGGACCCUCUCUGCUGCAUCUCUCUCUGCAGGCCAUGAUGGGAACCUGCAGGUGCAGUCUCAGGGGCAGGGGAGGAUUUUUUUUUUGCCUCCCCCGUCCUAGUCUACGUCUGCGCGGGUCCGGCGUGACGCCCAUGCUGGCCAUGGCCGCCACGGGCAUGGCUCAUGGCAUGGUCGCAGCCUCUUUGCGUGAUCUUGAUUGAUCUGGUGAUCCAGAUCGUCUCAUGGUUCCUGUGCCUUGCCUCGCCUGGUCUGGGUCCCGGCUUUGGCCCAGCACUCGACGAACGGUGAGUUUCGGCUAUGGUGGGUGGUCGGGUGGGUACGGUACGCCUGCACAUUCCGCAAAAAUUAGGGCAGACUCUGGGAUUCUCGCCGUCGAGGUCACACGAGAUCAUGCUGUAGGCGCAUUCAUGGCGCACGUCAGAACAUUGUUGUUGAUGGCCCCGUCACAUUGGUCCGGUGGCUUGUAAAAGCCAAAAUCUACCCGACCGACUUCAGGCUGAACGGCGGUCAGCCAGUGCUUGCUCGUGCUCACCCAUCCAUCGCACUGGGCGUCAACCUCGCCAACGGCUACGAGAUGCGUGCAUAGAUCUGGGCCAUGAAUGUCGUACUUGUGGCAUGCUGCAGCUAGGAGCGCAAGGGCCUUCGCUGCCCCAUCGGCGAACAUGCCUGCCUGCCUGCCUGCCUGCCUCGAGGUCUGAUGGAGUCCCAGAGCCGAACUUAUUGCGGCACCGACUGGCGCUUUAUCAGAAUCGCGCGCGACUGACCUUGGACAUGAAGCAGGGCUGAAGUUGAUCCGGCGUUUGCCCCCGAUCCUGACUUCCAGUUCUACUAGUAACAAUACUUCGGUGCUCUCCGAGGAACUCCAACGGUUGAAUCUAGGUUGCCCCUUUGCCUCGGAAACCGGUCGGGGCUCGAUCUCAGAACAACGGUAGGUGCUGAUGGUGCCCACUAUACGCCGAUCCGUUUCGGGCUUUCUCCGGGUCCAUUGGGGAGCCCGUUCGGCGUCUGCGGACUACCAGGCCACCUGGGUUGUAGUGUAGGUUCUGGCUGCGGCCCAGCUGAACGUUUCCUCAGAGGCUUGGAUGGGCCGCAAAUGCCCUCGUCCGUUGAUGUUGCAGCCACCACGGCAUGCGGCCUCUUGUGCAGAACGUCGACAGUGCUUUGUGAGCGUACCCCGGGUUUCUGUAGUUGUGUUGGGGGUUUCUGCGGUGCCGGGCCGCCUUGCGAUCGUGCUUGUUUUCGGGGACCCCGGGUCCUUAGGGGUUGCCGGACCCUCCUCCAGGUCCAUACCCGGUCCAAAGUCUAGGGCGGGCGAUGAGGAUCACUGCCAUGGUCACCAGGCUGUGCUGCCCCCCAAUGACGAUGUCAUAUUUGGAUGUCAGGGCGGAGUGCUGAAUUGGCCGUGCUUGAGGAGCCAAAGGCCGUUUGAGAGCAGCGGCGGCGGCGGGGGGGGUCCAGGACACGACGGGGCAGGUAGACAAGAUGUGCAGCUGAGAAACCGUGCUUGGCUUUGAGGUCGCGUGGGCUUGGGGUGCAAUCUGGGUUGUGUCGAAGUAGGGCGUGUUUAAGAGCGUGGAUCGCAAGCUGUUUCUGCCUUGUGGUCGGUUGGGUUAGCAGGACUCGGCCUGUCGGCUCGCCUCAAUGAAGCUCUGCUACAGCUUGACUCAUCUGUCUGCCGUCUCAUCGAGCCAACGUCAACCGCUGGCCGUGGACCGAAUGACCUAGACAAUCGAGCCAUCGUCGGCGACGGAAACAGCGACAGCAGCAAGCAGUAGUUAGUAUUGUGCGCACGCGACAAUACCACGGCAGCGGGAAAGCGGGAACAGCAAGAGUUGUGUGAGCGGCUGCGAUCCAGUCUCGGCCCAGCACUGGAACGUCGUCCCCUCGUUGGGCUCUGCCCGUGGCCCCUCCGCCCAACCAGCUCGCACCUCACCUCCGGCUCUCUCUCUCUCUCUUCCUCUGCCCCUGGGUCAAGUGAUGAGGGCCAGGACAAAGAACCAAGGCGCUCGCAACCGUGUCAUCUUCCCUGGUAGAGCUGUUGUUGCGUCCAUCUUGCAGGCCAAGAAAAGCCAGCACCGGGCGCCCACAAGCACUGCACCGGCCCCAUUUGCCGAUACACCAACAGGCGGCCGCGUGUCCGCCAUGAUCCCCGAUCUCUUCACGUCGCUGCCCCCCGUGAGGGAUGAUCUGCAGUCCGAAACCACCGUGGCCCAGGACGACACGGUGAGCCUCUGCCUGCCCUUCCUGUCGGGCGAGAAAAACGGCAGCUGCAAUGACCAUGGCCUGCCGCGACUCGACCGAGAGAGACAUGUCAGGUUUCUACACAAGCAGCUGGGGAAACACCCAGCCCCCUUCGUCGCCGCAGAUGCCAGCCGGCCUUGGUUCCUCUGCUGGUCUCUGAAUGGGCUGAGUCUGCUGGGCGAGGACGUCUCCUCCUACCGCGCUGCCGUGAUCGACACCGCCCGGUCCAUGCAGAACGACACAGGCGGCUUUGGUGGCGGCAACGGCCAGAUGUCACACCUGGCCACCACCUACGCCAUGGUUCUGGCACUGGCCCUCGCGGGCGGGGACAGCGUGUAUGAGGUCGUUGACAGGCGCGCCAUGUGGAAGUGGCUUUGCGCCCUGAAACAGCCCGACGGUGGCUUCCAGAUGGCUGUUGGCGGAGAGGUGGACGUCAGGGGCGCGUAUUGCGCAGCUGUCGUUAUCUCCCUGUUAAACCUCCCGACGGAUUUGACCCCCGAGUCCCCGGCAUGGACUCCCGAUCAUCCCACGCUAUUCACCAACCUGCCAGAGUAUGUUCAAAGAUGCCAAACAUUCGAGGGAGGCAUAUCGGCCCACCCGGGUGCUGAAGCACAUGGUGCAUAUGCCUUCUGUGCGCUAGGCUGUCUCGCCAUUCUCGACUCUCCCGAUCGCAUCAUUCCGAGAUACCUCGACGUUCCACGACUCAUCUCUUGGCUGUCCUCGCGGCAGUAUGCCCCCGAGGGUGGGUUCUCUGGUCGCACUAACAAGCUUGUGGAUGGAUGCUACAGCCACUGGGUCGGCGGGUGCUGGCCGCUGAUCGAGGCCGCCCUCGCAGGAGGGGCGCCAGCAGCAGCAGCAGCAGCAGCAGCAGCAGGAGGAGAAGUAGGAAGGGGAGGCAGCAGCGGGUACGCACCUCCGCUGCGGGAUGAUCAGCCCGGCCAGGGACACAAGCUCUACCCCCCCAGCCGGUGCUUAUACAGCCGCGAGGGACUGAUUCGCUACAUCAUGUGUUGCUGUCAGGACCAGAGCAAACGCGGUGGCCUGCGAGAUAAGCCUGGACGCACCUCGGACGGUUACCACUCAUGCUACGUCCUGUCCGGACUGAGUUCUGCACAGCACAAGUCGGAACUGGACGACGCGGUUGCUUCUGGUGAUGAUGCCAGCCAGUCUGAUGCAGUGAAUCCGGGCAGUACGUUGCUCAGCGGUAGCGGGCAGCCUUGCCACGCUACCUCGUGGUCGGUCACGCCGUACCUCGACGAAGCCCAAAUAUUUGACGAGCAAGAUCGCCUUGUGCCGCUGCACCCGCUUUACACAAUUCCGGUCGGUCGCGUGGCGGACAUAAAACGGUACUUCUAUGCGAAGCCAGGAUUCUAGAAUCCCUCGCCCACCAUGGGCCAAGGCAGGCGCACGCCACGGGUAUGUUUUGGUCAUGCAACACCAACUGGCGUCUUGCACGCACACAGGAUCCCCGUGCAGCACGAAUCAGAGGGGGCAUCUGAGGCCCGCCCCAGCUGGAACAGUUCAACGGCCACGAUUAACCAUGGCACAGCAUUCAGGUCCGGAUGUCACGUGUCGACGUUUAGCGACGACAUCAGGCACAGGGCAACUGAGAGAGUGCGCGUCUUGUCCGACUUAUUUCUACCGGGAGUAACAAAUGAUCGGGAUGUGGCACGGAUUGCCCCCUUUUCAAACGGACUCUAAACGAGGCAGAGCGGCCAGGAGCUUGGGGGACACGAUGUUCAGGGAUACCGGAAGAGUGUGAUUGACGGGACGACAGGAUUGGCCGGCACGGCCUACUUGUAAGCGGUCUCUAGGCUAUGUAAUCAAGUCGAUUUCCCCAGAACCCCAGUUCAGUUCGGCUCGACCGAGGUGAGCGAGGAGAGACUAGCAAGUGUCAAUCCCGUGAACCCUGCCUCUGAGGACGACCCCCUCGUUAACAGUACAGCACACGCGCAUGAACCACGUCCGGGACGCCGGGGCCGGGGGCCAGGACCUUAGAAGGUCGCGGUGGGCAAAGUUUAGAACGCCACCACGUAGAUGUACGCCUGAGGACGCCCCGAACCGCCGCGUGCGGGAGAUCCAGAUGCCAUGAGAAUGCACGAUGAGAGAGGUCUGCGGAGGUUUUCACCAAUCAAGGCCGCUCCAGAAGCAGGCCAAGCAGGCGGCGAAGCGCUGCUGCUGUCCUUUUGGGCGUCUUGCAGGAAUUCUGACGAUGCAUUGCAGAUUGCAUUUCACCUGAACGAUGACUUGGCUGGGACGAGUGAGAAUCAGCAAAGCGGAGAGCGGUACGCAGGGACCGGGCCCAGAGGGAGUGCUUGGGAUCAUCGUGGGACGCUUGGAUGCCGAAGUCAUGAUGGAAAUGACGCCUCCGGCAAUACACGACACACCACCCUGGGCCUCGAAAACGGGCCCCUCGAGUUGACGUGUCCGCCUGGUGUUGUUCAUGUACGUACUAUGCAGUCAGAUAUCAGAUGAUCACGCAAAUGGCUGUUCCCGAUGGUGGGUGCGGAUGCUGGGUGGUCUACAGCCACGCUAUGAGAAGUAUGCAUGGAUAGGAGAAGGACAUGCCUAGGUGGGAACAUGUCUACGUGGAAAGCAACCAAGGAGGAGAGGGGUCCUUUUCUUUGGGGUUCUUGUUGUUGAUGCGGCGCCCGGUGUGAAAGGGUAGAGCAGGCCAGGCCAGGCUGGAUGAAGCUUGAGAGGGCUGCAUGCCGCAAGUGGUUGUUGACUCAGAUGCAUCUGAGACGGAGUGCAAGAGGAGCCCUUCACUGGGGGAUUCAGAAGGGAGCACAGAAUGCGGUGCAAGGGAUGUUUCGAUCUUUGUGGGACACCUCGUGGCAGCUUUGGGGGUCAAGGUGUGACUGACACGGAGGCGCGCAGGCGCACGUACACAGACAUACACAUACACAUACACAUACACAUACACCUACACAUUCACUUACAAUUACACUUGCACACACACACACACGUGCGAGAACACAGGUACGGCCCUAACAGGGCCGACUCGAACCUGCUGCAAUGCAGUAUGACGUUGGCAGGGUGGUCGAGAUUGACGUGGAGGACUGGACUCGGACUGCAGGCUGCACGAGGAGGGAGGAGGAGAGAGCGCAUCGGGACCGGGAGGUAUGAUGCUGCUGUGGCUAGUGGUGGAUCGUGGGCGUGUCUUCCUGGCCUGGCCUGGCCACAUUCUCGAGUCCGACGAGGUCGAGUCCGGCACAUGGUUUGUUGGUUACGGGCUGCAGGGCGAGGGACGGCUGGUGGCAGCAUUCGUCACAUUGUACGGGACCUCACCGGCCCUGGCAGACCUUGGACCGGCCACGGGCGGUCACGGGCGAUCCAACGGGCUGAAACACACAGACGGUAGACCUUGCUGUCGACUUGUUUCCACUGUGGUGUGGUAGGUGCCCAGGUGGUUGGUAGGGAGACUGGGAGAGUAGGCAAAGUAGGGUCCAGAUUACACACAUGUGCACCAAGAGGGAAGGCUGGCGCUUGGGCCACAUGGGAGGCAAGGUUCUCAGUACGCAGUAGUCUUCUGGCUGCCUUUGUCCUCGUCCCCGUCCCCGUCCCCAUCCCCAUCCUCAUCUUUCCAACGUCCCUAUACUGUGUAGCUCACCAACCAGGCAGCGCAGUUCCAAUUGGCCAAUCACAACCAAGGCCGGCCACUCGCGGCCGCUGAUCCUUCGACCCGGUCCGUGCCUUCCUGCUGACUGGACUGGGCUUCUGGAGCAUCAUCCUGAGAAUCCAUAUCAGAGCAUCCGUACAGCAUAUAUACAACAAACCGCGGGUCAUUGUCAGUGUCAAGAACCUCACACCACAAUACUAGACCAGAGUCUGGGGCUUGUUGGGCCCCCGGCACUUGAAGAGACCUGACGUCCCCAGGCUCCCAACGCCGAACUUGAAGGCAGCCCACCGAGCAUUUUGAAAACAGGGCAUCUGCGAACAGCCCCACACCACCCACCAGAACCACACCGGCGGAGACCAUCGGCUGCUUCUGCCGUUUUUCUGGUGCUUUUUUCUUUGUCGUUGCUGGGCUGCUGCCGUUGCUGCUGCUGCUGCUGCUGCUGC